AUGGACAGCAAGAUGGGGUACCAGGAGCUGCCAGGUGCCUCUAGCGUACACGACGCCCGCCGUCGUCCUUCGCUGCCGAAGACAAUCCUUUUGGCACUGUGCACGGCUGUGGCGACUGCGACGGUCCUCACGUGUAACACAUUCCUUCAGAGUGCUGCGUCGCAGCGCAUACACUACGUCCCGCUCAACGCUGAGACUAUCCUCACUCGGUGUGCUGCGUUGGGCGAGAAACCUCGACCCCCGACGGACUUCCUCGCACGGGACGCGUCUGACAGGUAUGAGCCAGGGACGAAAUCCACUCUUGUCAAGAAUGCCAGGAUCUGGACCGGCGCGCGGAAUGGCACAGAAAUCGUAUACGGUGAUGUCUAUCUCGACAAGGGUGUAGUCAAAGGGAUUGGCUACAUUCCCGAAGCUCUGUAUGCUAGUGAACGCGAGGUGAUAGUUGUCGACGCGAAGGGAGGUUGGGUUACCCCCGGUCUUGUGGAUCUCCACUCUCAUGUCGGCGUGUCGAGUGUACCCGAGCUACACGGCACUCUAGAUGUCAACUCUGAGCAUGGCCCAAUUUUGCCAUGGCUGAGGAGUAUUGACGCAUUCAACACUCAUGAUGAUGCAUUCCAACUCGCCAUCGCUGGCGGUGUGACGUCCGUCCAGGUUCUCCCUGGUAGUGGAAACGCUAUUGCCGGCCAGGCCUUCAUGUUCAAGCUUCGCAAGACGUCUGACCGGACGCCUUCAUCCAUGGUGCUAGAACCUCCGCACAGCCUCAAUGGAAGCUCUGCAAACUCUGAACAUCCAAUGCGUUGGCGGCAUAUGAAACAAGCUUGCGGCGAAAGUCUUAUUGCAUACGGUAACCGCAUGGACUCAAUGUGGUCUUACCGCUGGGCAUACAAUGAAGCUCGAAGGAUCAAGGACUCCCAGGACGUCUAUUGCGCUAAAGCAGAGGCAGGGCUAUGGGACGAGUUGAGCGGACAGAACUAUCCUGAUAAUCUGCAGUGGGAGGCCCUUGUCGACGUCUUGAGAGGCCGAGUCAAGGUCUCCACACAUUGCUAUGAGGAAGUCGACCUAGAUAGUAUGGUCAGGCUGACGAACGAGUUCGAGUUCCCAAUAGCCUCUUUCCACCAUGCAUCUGAAGCCUGGCUCGUGCCCAACCUGCUCAAGCGAACGCGAGUAGUUUGCUUCCUGCACGAGCUCGCUUUGACUGAAUGGGGAGGCACGCCUACCGUUGGCGUGUUCGCAGCGGUUCAUCGCUACAAGCGUGAGUCGUUCCGUGGAUCAGGAUUCGCGCCUCGCGUACUCGCAGACAACGGGAUUCCAGUCGUCAUGAAGUCCGACCAUCCCAUCCUGAACAGCCGCUACCUGAUGUAUGAAGCACAACAGGCACAUUACUGGGGGCUUCCGCCUCAUCUUGCACUAUUGUCCGUUACUGCGGUCCCUGCAACAGCAGCGGGCAUGUCGCAUCGUAUUGGUGUCUUGCAGGAAGGCACCGAUGCCGACGUCGUCCUCUGGGACUCUCACCCUCUCCAACUUGGCGCAACGCCUCGGAAGGUAUGGAUCGACGGUAUCCUGCAAAUCGGUGCGGAUGAGGAAGGCAUCGUCAUUGGGAAAGGCAAGGAGGCCCGCCAGUUCCAGGAGGUGCCGAACGUACCCAACUGGGACAAGGAACGGAAGGAAGCCAUCAAGUGGGAUGGGCUUCCUCCGCUCGCACCUACUCAGUACCGAAGCCGGGUGUUGUUGAGAAAUGUCCGGGAGGUGACUGUGCGGGACCCCGACGCCGAAGACCGAUUGAAGACUCUCUUGGAACCUGGGGAGUUGUCAGACGUCGUGCUCGACCGCGGAAGGAUUACCUGCAUCGGCAAGCAUUGCCUUGGUGGGAUCAACGCGGAAGUCGAAAUCGAUCUGCAAGGAGGAGCGAUCGCACCAAGCCUUAUGACCUUCGGCUCGCCCCUGGGCGUCGAGGAGAUCAUGCUGGAAGCAUCGACAGGAGAUGGCGUGUUGUUUGACCCACUCCACGGUGAUCCGCCUUCAAUCCUUGGCGACAAGGGAGGGCUGGUGCGUACGGCAGAUGCGUUGAAGUUCGGGACGAGGAACGCACUGCUGGCGCAUCGUGCAGGUGUUACGUAUGCAACCUCCUCCCUUGAGAAGACCACCUACUUCACCUCGCCGGCUUUCAUCGCGGGUCUGUCAGUCACCUUCCGUACGGGAUCAGCGCACGCUCUCGAGCCAGGCGCCGUGAUCAAGCAAAUCACCGCUCUGCACAUCGUACUGAGUCGCACCUCUCCGUCGUCUUUGGUGGGACAGGCGAGCGUUAGCACCCAGAUCGCAGCUCUGCGACGCUUACUCCUCAACGGCGAACCGGACGAUACGGAAACGGGGCACUGGUUCAAGCGAGCAGCUCAGGGCGCGAUUCCGUUGGUCAUUGAUGUCGCUAGCGCCGAUAUUAUGGCCGUGCUACUGAGGCUCAAGGUUGAGGUCGAGCAAGCGCGAGGCUCGCUCAUGAAGAUGGUGUUCUUCCGGGCCACGGAAGCUCACCUCAUCGCUGACGAAAUUGCUAGAGAAAAGGUCGGUAUCAUACUGGAGCCUGCCAGGCCCUUCCCCCAAGUAUGGGACGAACGCAGAAUUUUGGCUGGCCCGCCCCUUACGAACGACACCUCUUUGGUGAGACUCAUGGAUGCUGGUGUAACCGUGGCCAUCGGGUGCCGCGAUGCGUGGCAACCUGUCAAUACUCGAUUCGAUGUUGCCUGGGCUGCUCUGGAGACCAAUGGCCGGAUCACUAGACAAAAGGCUCAAGCACUAGUGACCACGAACCUCGAGAAGCUCCUAGACAUCGAGGGAUGGAUAGAUGAAGAUGGGGGCGAUCUGGUAGCGUACCAAGGAGGAAGUAUCUUCGACCUUUCCAGAAAACCAGUUGCGGUUGCCUCCCCAAGACGCGGUCUCGUUGACGUAUUGUAG